AUGGACACGGAAUUUCUACCAACAUAUGAAAAAGCGAUCCACUCAAAUACUGCAACAUUACCUGUUGACGGAACCUCACCAUUGGGCGGCACUCAAACUCUUAGAAACCACGAACAACCACCAAAGUAUACUCUUAUCGAUGGAUAUUUGCGAGAAAACUACAGAAAGUCCAAGAAAAACCCAUGUUUGGCAUUACUUGGUUGGAUCUUGUCGAUAUUUGUGUUCAUAUCAUACCUCAUUGUCGUCUUGGGAUGUGUGACAAAACCACUCAAAAACCUAUACUUUGUUCAUUUUGACAUUGAACAUGCCAGUUAUGUUAAGGGAGUACGUCGAUAUGGCUAUGGCUACGCAGCAGAAGAUAAGAGCAAACUACCGCUAAAUGAAGUGGAUACUAGCAGUGCGACAGUCUCCGAAUUUGCAGCCAUAAAGAAAUAUGAUCUUUCAAGUGAAGAAGUUACGGAAAGGUUAAGCUCAAGAACCACUCCCAGCCCUUCAAAAGCAAUCCCUUUUUCAAGAGAUUCUGUGUCAAAUCCAUCUCUGCUCUUGCCAACAAGAAUCCCAUAUCUUGAAACGUAUAUGGGAUACUUUGGUCCACUAGAUGACAAUGCUACCUAUGUGAGCGGAAAAGAUCUUUUUCUUGAUCAAAGCUACUUUGCGGGAGUGUGGGUUUGGGGAAGGGAAAAUUAUGGUUUCUACGAAUCAACCUACUUACCACUUGAGCCAGGGUUGAAUAUUUCUCAAAAAAUGAACGAAUACACAAGUACUUCACAUCUCAAUAUGGUUGGGUUGAACUACUUACCCGAUGAGUUUCCUCAAAGAUCCACUGUACUCCAUUGGAACAAAGUAUUCAAAGCCCUUCAGCCCUUAUCAGCAGUGUCUUUAUUUGCAACUUUCAUUUUUUUGUUUCUCAGCUUUCAAGUUGUUCCUACAAAAUUUACCUUGGCAGUAUCUUUGGUGUCACUUUGCAUUGCACUUGCUUUUAAUGUGUUGUAUACUGUUGUUUCCACUUCUUUUGCUUCCAAUUUGUCAAAGGCAUUCUGCUUUAAAGAAGUACCAGUAAAACGAGGAACAACCUCAAUUAUCCUACUAUGGGUUAGCUUUGCUGUUCAAGUAAUCGUAUCAGUUUUGCGAAUACUGAUUUUUUUGACCAACGACAGAUAA